UCACUCUGCGAGCAGAAAGAGGGAGGGUCAACAUGGCGUCGGAGCAGGAGAGUUCAAAUGGGCCGGUAAAGAAGUCCAUGAGAGAGAAGGCUAUAGAAAGACGCACCAUCAACAAGGAACACAACAGUAACUUCAAAGCAGGAUAUAUACCUAUAGAAGAGGAGCGUCUCCAUAAAACAGGACUGAGAGGACGGAAGGGAAACAUGGCAGUCUGCAUCAUUGUCCUCCUCUUCCUCCUCGCCUUAAUUAAUCUUAUUAUCACACUUGUCAUAUGGACUGUGAUCCGUAUUGGUCCGAAUGGUUGUGAUAGUAUGGAGUUCCACGAGUCUGGUCUCCUGCGCUUCAAGCAGAAAGCAGACAUGGGCAUCGUUCAUCCGCUACACAAGAGCACAGUGGGAGGGCGUAAGGAUCAGGACCUGGUUAUUGUCGGCAACAACAACCCAGUUGUGUUCCAGCAAGGUACUACUAAGCUGAGUGUAGAAAAGGACAAGACCUCGGUUGUCAGCGACAUUGGCAUAUCUUUCACUGAUCCUCGCACACAGAACACUUUCUUCAGUACAGACUUUGAGAAUCAUGAGUUCCAUUUGCCCAAAGGAGUCAAAGUCCUCAGCGUUAAAAAGGCUUCAACAGAAAGGAUCACCAGUAGUGCAGCCUCUGACCUGAACAUUAAAGGAGACGGCAAGGCCAUAAUCCGUGGAAAUGAAGGAGUCAACAUCAUGGGCCGAACUGUAGAGUUCAAAAUGGGAGGAGGCAUCGAGCUCAGGGCUGAGAACAGCAUCGUCCUCAAUGGAUCAGUCAUGUUCAAUGCCACGCGGAUCCCAAACUCUGCAGGAGACGUCUACUUCGAUGAAGGUCUGGAAAGGUACAAACUCUGCAUGUGUGCAGAUGGAACUUUGUUCCGUGUUCAGGUAAAGUUUCCCAACAUGGGCUGCCAGACAUCAGACAACCCGUGUAAAAAAGCUCACUUUUAAACUGGACUGGAAUCUGCUGUUGAGUUGUGCCAUAAUCUGUCAUCACUGAAGUCAGACAAACCACUAACUGAUGUGCGUUUUUUAAUAUUGUAUAGUUGCCAACAAUAGGACAUUCUCUGCAACUCCCACACAAUAUUACCUCUGCAGUUCAACUCACAAAUCUUUUCUUAUUUUCACACUGAACAUAAAUUAUGUUACAGAACUUUGCCUCUUGGCCAAAGAUAUUCUCAUACUGUACCUGUAAGUGCUGAAGUAUUGCUGUUCUCCUGCACAUUUGACAAAUUAUCUUAAAUACAUACCAGCACUUAACACUCCUACAUUUAAUCUAAUACUAGUAAUGGUGUUUUACAUUGCAUUUAGUCUCCAGGUUUUGAAGCUACAGAAUUUAUGCAUCCUCUUACCGUCCAGUAUUAACAAGCUUUGUUUAGGGGAUUUGUGAGAUUUAACUUGCUGUUUAUUGUUUCAGGCAGCUCUUUUCCUCUCUAUUAUUUACUGACAAGUGUGGAACACUAAAUUGGUUGAUUUGUGUAAUACCUUCUGGUGAAGUGUCCACAAUCUGGAAUAAACUUUAAAAGACAAGACACAGUUUAAGCCAUCCAGUAAUGCUAAAUCAGAGUAGGUCUCUUUUUGCACAUCUUUGACUCUCUAUCAUGCACGUGCCAAUGGAUUUACAAGGGAUGAUAUAUGAUAAUAUAUAUGUAAUAUCCUAACUUUGUUGCAAAUACUUUUUUACAGGAAAUACAUGUUUAAAAAAAUAAAACAAGUGUGUUUGCACUACAUAGGACUACAGAUUAAUGGAAUUAUCUAAGAUGUUCAUGAUUGUCAUAAAGUUUAAAUCAUCAGUUAAAGCCUAUAUGGAGUGGUUUGACUUUUGUGCAAUAUAAGUUUUGAGUUUUAUUUUGCUUUUGAUUGUUUUAUUACAGAAAGUUUGUUACCAAUGUCAUGAAGUAGUUGUAUCACAGACUUGAUACCUGGAGUGAAAAACUGAAAAAAUAUCAACCGGCCUUUUGUGGAAAUUUGUCCAUGAUAUAAUUGCUAUGUUUGUUUCAAUAAAGAAACAUGAACAAGAAA